AUGGAGGAGCAGACCCCAGAAAGCGGGGGCCUGGCAGAGAAAGCACCCCCUGGUUUGUCUUCGUUGGGGGCCGUCUUCAUCCUGAUGAAGUCUGCCCUGGGCGCUGGCCUGCUCAACUUCCCCUGGGCCUUUCAGCAGGCAGGCGGGCUGGCCCCUGCCUUCCUGGUGGAGCUGGUCUCCCUGGUCUUCCUACUCAGCGGGCUGCUCAUCUUGGGCUAUACGGCCUCCGUAAGCGGCCAGCCUAGCUACCAGGCCAUGGUUCAUGGGCUGUGUGGCCGCAGCGUCGGGAAGCUGUGUGAGGCCUGCUUCAUCGUCAACCUGCUCAUGAUCUCUGUGGCCUUCCUCAGGGUGAUCGGUGACCAGCUGGAGAAGUUGUUUGACUUCCUCCUGCCCAGUGCCCCGCGGCCCUGGUAUGUGGACCAGCGCUUCACUCUGAGUCUGCUCUCCAUCCUGGUCAUCCUGCCUCUGUCCAUCCCUCGGGAGAUCAGCUUCCAGAAGUACACCAGCAUCCUGGGCACCCUGGCCGCCUGCUACUUGACCCUGGUCAUCGUGAUGCGAUACUACCUCCAGCCCGAGGGCCUGAUUCGGGGGCCUCGUUUUUCACAGAGCUCUUCCUCCUGGGCCUCUGUAUUCAGCGUCUUUCCCACCAUCUGCUUUGGAUUCCAGUGUCACGAAGCCGCGGUCUCCAUCUACUACAGCCUGCGUGACCAGCGUCUCUCCCACUGGGCCCUGCUCUCCACGCUGUCCCUGCUGGCCUGCUGUCUCAUCUACUCACUGACCGGGGCUUACGGCUUCCUGACCUUCGGGGCUGACAUCUCUGCAGACAUCUUGAUGUCCUACCCAGGCAGUGACAUGGUGGUCAUCGUCGCCCGAGUCCUCUUCGCUGUCUCUAUCGUGACCGUCUACCCCAUCGUCCUCUUCCUGGGCAGGUCAGUGGUGCAGGACUGUUGGAGGAGUUGCGGGGCUCCAACUGACCCCGCCAGGCCCGGGCUGCGGGUACCACUGACAGCUGCGUGGGUUGCCCUGACGCUCACCAUGGCCCUGCUCCUGCCCAACCUCAGCGAGGUCAUUGGCAUCAUCGGCGGCGUCAGUACUUUCUUCAUCUUCAUCUUCCCAGGUCUGUGCCUCAUAUGUGCCCUGGACAUCGAGCCCCUGGGGCCCAGACUCAGGUGUUGUCUGGAGCUGUGGGGUGUGGUCUCCGUGCUGGUGGGCACCUUCAUCUUCGGCCAGAGCACAGUGGCGGCUAUCCAGGAGCUGUUCUGA